AUGUGCGACGACACCAGCGACGGUUUACAUGAGCCCUUUUAAGAGCGAUGAACGAUGGCUACAUCAACAACAACAACAACAAACAUAGCUAUAAAACAAGCUUUGAAAUCCCACUUUGGGUUUGACAAAUUUCGCUCGAAAGUACAGGAAGAUGUCGUCAAGGCAGUCGUUAAAGGUGACGUUGACGUGUUCGUGUGCAUGCCGACUGGAGCAGGAAAGUCCCUCUGUUACCAGCUGCCCGCUGUCAUGGCUGAGGGCAUUACUCUGGUUAUAUCCCCGCUAAUCGCGCUCAUUCAGGACCAAGUGGACCACCUGAAGAGUCUGAACAUCCCCGCCUGCUCCAUCAACUCCAAGCUGGCGGCAGGCGAGCGUCAUCUGAUCCUGGCUGACUUGGGGAGCAGCAGCCCCAAGCUGAAGCUGCUCUAUAUUACUCCCGAGAUGGUGGCCUCUCCCUCGUUCCAGCCCUGCCUUACCGGCCUGGUCUCCCGCGGCCUGCUGUCUUACCUGGCUGUGGACGAGGCUCACUGCGUCUCCCAGUGGGGACACGACUUUAGGCCAGACUACCUCAAACUGGGAAAUCUGCGCGGACGCUUGCCGGGGGUUCCCUGUUUGGCCUUGACGGCAACGGCGACCAAGAAUGUACAGGAGGACAUCGCUCGGUCCCUGAAGCUUCACUCGCCACUGUCUUUCGUCACACCUGUCUUCCGCAAUAACUUGCACUACGAUGUGAUCUUCAGGGAGCUGCUGCCGAACCCUUACGCCCACCUGUACGCCUUCAUUCUGGAGGCACUGGCGGUGGACAGCGGCGCUAAUCGGCAGGGCUGUGGGAUUGUGUACUGUCGGACCAGGGAUGGCUGUGAAACAGUGGCUCACGAGCUGACCAAGCUCGGAGUCUUGUCCAAACCGUAUCACGCAGGUCUGAGAUCAGCAGAUCGCACAGAGGUCCAGAACGAGUGGAUGCAGGGGGAGGUGCUGGUUAUUGUAGCCACCAUCAGCUUUGGCAUGGGAGUCGACAAAGCCAAUGUCAGGUUUGUAGCUCACUGGAACCUCGCCAAGUCCCUGGCGAGUUACUACCAAGAGUCUGGGCGAGCGGGGAGAGACGGACUGCCCUCCUCCUGUCGCACGUACUACUCCCCGAAAGACAAGGAGCAAAUUAACUUCCUCAUCCGCAAGGAUUUGGCCCGCAAACAGAAAAAGCGCGGCUCUUCGAAGGACGCCGACAAAGCGUCCAUCAAGGACUUCGAUGCCAUGGUGUCGUUCUGUGCUCAAGAAUCUUGUCGCCACGCCACCAUCUCCAAGUUCUUUGGGGACCAGACGCCGAACUGCGCCGGCGCCUGCGACUACUGCCGCAACCCCAAAGCCGUGCGCGCCCAGCUGGAGCGGGGGGCGGUCCUCAGCACCACGACGGUCCGGGCGCAGAGCCAAGCGGCGCCCGGACCGUUCGGCUUCCAGCGAGACCUCUACGAAGGAGGGAGGAAGGGCUACGGCUUCGAAAGGUUUGACGAAGAGGGCGGAAGCAGUGGUGAAGAAGAUGGCGGCUCGAAGAGGAAGAAGCAGUUCACACACCUCUUCAAGCAGCAGAUGAACAUCCGGAAGGUGACAAUAGAGGGUCAGAGGGACGACUUUGUUCCUCCAGACGCUGACUGCCCACUCAGAGAGGCCAGCAGCCAGAGGAUCCCCAGACUCACUGUGAAGGCCCGAGAGCACUGCCUGUGCCUCUUGCAGGAAGCUGUCUAUGGCCACCAGGGGGCAGCAGACGCAUUGGAUGACACCCGGUCUCUAGCAGCCGAUCUUGAACACGCGGUCUUCAAGAGCACCAAGUCCUCCAACGUGUACAAAGCUGCCGUCCUGAAGAAGGUAUCGGAGCUGAAGAAAACGGCACCGGGAGAAAAGGGAGACGGUGUCAAGGCUGACAGCAGCAGCGAAAAUGAGACCAAACUCAAAGAGGAGACGCCCUCGUCGUCUUCCUGCUCCGCUCCUGAGGAGCUGCAGGGCUUCACAUCUGCAUCUGAGGUCUACUCUAUGAAGCGUAAGAGAGUCGGAGCGGGCGUGAGAGGAUCGUCCGACCCCUUCCUGGCGGCGAAGGAGCUGCUGAAGACCUCCUCGUCGGACACGUUGUCUGACAAGAGCGGCGGGUUUUUCAACGGCAGCUCCGGAGAGGCGAGCGGCGAUGCGUCUUCGGCGGUAACGUCGUCCAUCAGAGCGAAUGCCGCCGCCGCCCUCAACAGCCCGUCGAAGGCCGGUCGACCCCUGAGCAAGAAGCAGCAGAAAAUAGCCGAGGCGGCAAAGAGCUCCCGCAACAUUUCCCUGUAUUUUGCGAGGAAGGAAACGACGGAGAAAAGCGACGAGGAGGCGGAGACGCCGAGGGGACUUGAUGAGGGACACUCGCCUGUCACCGGGGAAGACACGGAGGUCCGUCCUGUGGAGACUCUGGACCUGAUCCCAGAUAUAAGUAAGAUAGUUCUACACGAUGAGGAUGAGGACGAAGAGGAGGAAGCGCCUACGAUGGAGACGUUGGAGCUGCAGCGGCUUCCGGACGCACCUGAGGGGAAUAUCAAGUCCACCGCAGAACCCAGCGAAGCAGAGAAAGAAGAUAAACCAGAGAAACGAGGGUUGACGGGUGAUAUGAAAGCGGACAGAGGGUCGUCUCCGCCGGCGAAGCGCAACCGCCCCACAGAGAGAAAAGUAACCUUCAACCCCGACGUGCAGGAGAGGGCCCUGCAGCCCGCCAACGAGCCCCCCGAGCCCGUGACGCUGAAGGAAGCGGCCGACAUCGUGGUCCGCUGCCUGGACCCCUUUUACACCAGGGGCAAGUUUGCCAACAAGGAGUUGUUUAAGUCCUUCGCCCGCUACCUAUCUCACCUUCUCGCGGAGCGGCGCAGCAGGGGGAAAGUCCUCGUGAAAGCGGAAGCCAAAGCGCUCAUCAAGAGGUUCUUCGGCGGAGUGGAGCGCUGCGAGAGCGAGGCCGACUGGAAGCAGCUCAAGAGGUGUGAAAGCACAGAGAGCAAGGAGUGACGGGAAGCGGACACCUGGUGGCUUCGGGGGUCAAGCCCCUCCUCUUUUGUCAGUGCCUACAACUUUUCUCUCGUCCCUGUGAACUCGGGCUUCACCACAGACGCCGGGCAACGAGGGUUCUGCUAGAGUUCUGCUUUUUUUUCUCAGCCCCGUUUCUGCAGCUUAUGUCAAUAAUGAAGCGAUAACGUGUGGGCGGUGACCGCCGGAGAGAGCAGGGGCCGAACUGUGUGAAGCUAAUGAGUGUUCCUAUGAUUCAGCUGUUUACUGAACAUUGUGAGUAGUUUUGUUUUCUUCCUUUUCUUCGUUUCAAGUAGAUUUUUAUACUGAGGUGAAAUGAAUGGAACGCAGAGGCCUCUUAGGACUCGCUCAGCACUCAACACAAAGUACAGCUGAGGCUCCUGAGAAUGUCGUGAGUUAUGCGGGUGAUUGGUCAUAAACUGAUUUUUUAUUUUGACCGGAUGUUGCGAGAUGAAAGGUCAGGGGAUGAGGGGUCAUCCUCUGGGGAUCAUCUACUCUACUCUAAUCUCUCAACUGUGUUUGUAGAUAUUUCUGUCGGAUGUUUCCCCCCCACAGGGUGUCCCGCAUGGCUGGAAACACGUUGAGGGGACGGUUGACCGGUUGAAGUAAAUGGAUAUGAAACAUACAGGAACACUUAUUUGACAAUAACCAGUUCUGGGAGCCUGAUAGAUGUUUUUUAUUUUAUUUAUUUUUUACUGUUGCUACAUAUUUUGUCUUUAGCUGCUGGACUGCAAAACAAAGCAAAUGUACAUCAACGAGAUAUUGUGCGAUGUGAAACUUGUGUGUUUUGUAUGUUAAAGAUGAGCUGGAUUUAUUGUA